CGUUUCUUGUCGCGUCGCUAAUUAACAUUAUUUCCUUCAAGUUUGCGCCGUCUACAACCUCUGUGCUUUAGUCAAGUCAUUUCACACUUUAAAUACCCAAUUAGACGUAAAAAGAAACCUACUUGACAAAAUGGGAUCCUUGGCACAACAUGAGGAACACCAAUACCUCGAACUUGUACGGGAAAUCCUAGAUCAAGGAGAGCGCCGACCGGAUCGAACAGGCACUGGCACAUACUCCAUAUUCGCCCCUCGUCCCCUUAAAUUCAGUCUCAACGACAACGGCAAACCAAUUCUCCCCCUGCUCACAACUAAACGCGUCUUUCUCCGCGCCGUGAUCGCCGAACUCUUAUGGUUCAUCGAGGGCAACACAUCUUCCGCCUCUCUAAGCGCGCAGGAUGUCAAGAUCUGGGAUGGCAACGGGUCGCGCGAAUUCCUAGAUAACCUAGGUUUAACCCAGCGCGAGGUCGGUGAUCUAGGACCAGUAUACGGCUUCCAAUGGCGUCAUUUCGGCGCCGAAUACGUUGAUGCCAAGACCGAUUAUACCGGUCAAGGAUACGACCAACUUGCCGAUGUUAUCCAUAAGUUAAAGAAUAACCCGUAUGACCGUCGCAUGAUCCUAUCGGCGUGGAACCCGGCGGACUUAAAGAAGAUGGUACUACCGCCGUGCCACAUGUUUGCGCAAUUCUACGUAUCCUUCCCGAGACAAAGCCGAGAUAAUGUCGAUGAGGAUAAGGAGAAGUCGAAGGGACAUCUUCACUGCCAACUAUACCAACGAUCUUGCGAUAUGGGUCUUGGUGUCCCUUUCAAUAUCGCGAGCUACGCGCUACUAACGCAUAUGCUCGCACAUGUUUGCGACUUAGUCCCUGGCAGCUUAACACAUGUUAUGGGCGAUGCUCACGUAUACGUCGACCACGUCGAUGCUUUGAAGGUCCAACUAGAGCGAGAACCACGACCAUUCCCCGAACUGAAGCUAUCACCUGAAAAUGGAAGCUCCAUCGAUGGGUGGAAGGUAGAAGAUAUUUCUGUGCUUAAUUACGAACCUCAUAAGACGAUCCCGAUGAAGAUGUCUGUCUAAUACGGAGAGCGAUUGCUGGAGUUUAUUAGACAUUGGCCACAUUGUUAAAAGUCGAAUAGAAGCAGAGUCUGGGUGUCUAGACAAGUAGUCGGAACCAAGACGCGGCAUGAUAAUGAUUAUGUUGUUUAGGUGAGGCAGGAUGGGUUGGACUACCUACUGGAUUCAGCCGAGCGUUAAAAAUUACUAUGCAUGGCGGUUGAGAGUAGAGGCAUAGGGAAUACUCUUAUUAGAAAGGGUAUGCCAACCAGACAUGUAUCACA